AUGGAGGCUAAGCUGUUAGAGCAGUUCAUGCUACACAGUUAUCAGCUGAAACAGCACAGCAUGCUGGAAGACAUGCAGAGAAUGGUGAACCCAGCUUUUGCAGCUUACUUUGAUGACAUCUUAAUGAUAGCCUCUGAACACAUUGAGACGCAUUUUGCCAUGCACGUUGAGGAGAUAGAUCCUGUGCUCCAUGCCUAUGACCUGGUGACUCAGCUGCAGCUUCCAUAUAACAGCAGGGUGCACCCCGGCUGCGGACUGCCCAAGACCGGACUGCUCAUGUACGUCCUGGGGCUCAUCUUCACCAAGGGCAGUCAUGCCACCGAAGAGGAGAUAUGGGCGUUUCUGAGCAUGAUGAGCAUCUACCCCGGCCAGAAACACCACAUUUAUGGGGAGCCCCACAAGCUCCUCACACAAGACCUGGUGCAGCUGCAGUACCUGGAGUACCACCCCGUGCCCCACACCCAGCCCCGCCGCUACCAGUUCCUGGGGGGCCCCAAAGCCCAGGCUGAGAUCCGCAAAAUGAGGGUCCUGGAGUUUAUCGCAAAGGUUAAUGGCAAAGAGCCAACCGAUUACCUGGCCCAAUACCAAGAAGCUGUCCAAGAUGAGCAGGCCAGAACCCAGGCUCAAGUUGCCGCCAGGGCUGCCUGCACAUCUAACACCAGGAUGUGUCCCUAUGCCUGGGCACAACCUGCUACCACACUGGUCAUGUCACCGGGUUCUCUCUAG